CAAGACUGCACAAAAUACUUUUUGGGUGGAAAAUCAGAAUUGAAAUCCCUUCGUAAAUUAGUUGAUGGUGUUUUUAAGCUCUACUCAGUCCACAUGUCUCUUUGGCAGGAGGGCCAUUAAUCAGUGUACCCCUACCAUAGCGUGAAAAAAAACAAGAAGAAAGGGGAGGAAACGGAGUAAUUUCUCUAAAUUAGUUAAACCAUUACUCACUAAUUCGGUGCUAGUAGUGUGGCUCACAAUCAAAAACACAGAAAAUGGACGCACAUCGGGAAGCGAUUCAGAAGCAGAUCCACCAGGAUUGGGCCAACCGGGAGUAUAUAGAAGUGAUAACGGCUAGCAUUAAGCGUAUCACGGAUUUCCUCAACUCGUUCGACAUGUCGUGCCGUUCCCGGCUGGCCGUUUUGAAUGAGAAGCUGACGACGUUAGAGCGACGAAUCGAUUACCUCGAGGCGUGUGUGACGAAAGGCGAAACCUUGCAGUAGAAUACUAAGCGAUAACAUACUCUUCCACCUGCUGGAAAGCUACUUCGAGACGGCGUUUGCGGUGUUGCUCAGCAUUUGCUUCGGCAGGAAGAUUUCAUUACAUUGCAGCAAAAUGACGACACGUUCUUGUUCCAAUGGCGAAGACGACUGGGGCGCGUAUUUGCGUGGUAAAAAAAAACACAGGAGUAACUGCCAAAUGUUCACUUGCUCACGAACGGGCGGCACACGAUCGUUUCGAAGGACUUUCAAGAAUCAACAUUGACUAGGAUUUAUUUAUACGUAUUGUGCGGCUUUAUCCGUUUCUUUCUAGAACGAUAGAAAACACCCCCAUGUAAACCUAUUUAGUUCACAAGAAGUUGGCGCCUCCGCGAGAGGAAA